AUGGCAUUUGGAGCUCGUGGAGGUCGCGGUGGUGCACCCGGUCGUGGCCGCGGUGGACCACCUGGUCGUGGCGGUAUGCGUGGUGGCGCUCGCGGUGGUCGUGGCGGCGCCCGCGGUGGUGGCCGUGGUGGUGGCCGUGGUGGCCGCGGCGGUGCUCGCGGUGGUCGUGGCGGCGCUAAAGGCGGUCGUGGCGGUGCGAAAGGUGGAUCUAAUGUUAUCGUUAAGCCUCACCGUCACGAAGGUGUUUUUGUAGCAGAGGGCAAGGAGCAUUUGCUCGUGACCAAAAACCUUGUCCCUGGCGAGUCUGUCUACGGUGAGAAGCGUAUUGCUGUUGAAACUCCGGGCUCUGGUGAAGAUGGAACUGCUAUCACGAACAAGACAGAGUACCGUGUGUGGAAUCCAUUCCGUUCAAAGUUAGCUGCCGGUAUUCUUGGCGGUCUUGAUAAUAUUCACAUCAAGCCUGGUGUCAAAGUCUUAUAUCUUGGUGCUGCUAGUGGUACUAGUGUCAGUCAUGUGGCUGAUGUUGUUGGUCCAGAGGGAAUCGUAUAUGCUGUGGAAUUUUCGCAUCGGUCUGGCCGUGAUUUGAUCAACAUGGCAAAGAAGCGUACAAACGUAAUCCCAAUCAUCGAAGAUGCACGUCACCCAGCCAAGUAUCGCAUGUUGGUUGGUUCGGUUGAUACUAUCUUUGCUGAUGUUGCUCAGCCGGAUCAGGCUCGUAUUGUUGCAUUCAACGCCGAAUACUUCCUCAAGAAUGGCGGACACGCUGUCAUUUCGAUUAAGGCCAGCUGUAUCGACUCAACGGCCCAGCCAGAGGCCGUAUUUGCUGAGGAAGUCAACAAGCUUAAGAAGAGCUCAUUCCGCCCUCGCGAACAAUUGACGCUGGAACCAUAUGAACGUGAUCACGCCAUGCUCGUGGCUCAAUACCAACGGCAUAAGUAA